AUGAAACUGGGACCAAGUGCCACUCCAAUUUGGGACACGGUGUCAAAUAUGUCAUGGAUGCUUGUGAAUUCGGAACCACUCUUGGAUUUCGACAGGCCUACAUUGCACAAAAUCGUUCACGUAGGUGGACUAGGAGUGCAUGAGCCAAGACCCUUGAGUGAGGAAUGGGAUCGGGUGCUUAGUCUCAGGACAAGGAAUAUUCUAGUGUCAUUCGGCAGUGUGGCACCAACCAGGACCAUGCCCGCGGAUAUAAAAAGGACCAUUGUGGACACGAUAAAAUCUCACCCUGACAUAACGUUCAUUUGGAAAUACGAACAACUAGACGAUCCAGCUGUGGCCGAUGUAAAAAAUCUCAUUCUGUCUAAGUGGACUCCUCAAACUGAUUUAUUAGCCGAUGAUCGACUAACGCUUUUCAUAACACAUGGCGGAGGGGGCAGUAUGAUGGAAAGUGCAACUUUUGGAAAACCUCUCAUAGUGAUUCCGCUUUUCGGCGAUCAAAUAAGGAAUGCGAAAUUGAUUGAAAAGUUCGGCUUAGGUGUUGUUGUCGAGAAGAGUCACCUCCGGCAGGGAACUUUGCUCAAUGAUUCACUUGUCCUAGUUCUCCACAAUCCCAGAUAUCGAUCAGCUGCUGCUCGCAUGAAAAGCCUCCUGUCUCAGCGGCAGUUCACACCACAACAGAAGCUUGUCAAAACAGUAGAGAUGGCAGCGCAAUUUGGUGAUAUGCCAGAAUUUAAAGUAGUUGGCAGAAAUCUAGGAUUUGUUGUGUACUACAACCUUGAUAUAAUAUUGAUUUUGACUGCAAUCUUUGUAACCACAGCCAUUCUUUUAAUAUAUUUUUCUCGGUUAGCCGUCCAACAUUGUCGUCGAAUAGCAAAAAUUAAAACUGAAUAG